CACUUAGGACUCCUUCCUCGCCUCAUGUUUCGAAGUGUGAUCACGUAGCGAUAGAGGGUCAACAACGAUAAACUCUUGCGUCAAACAUGGUAGACUUUGUCCGCGUCCGGUCUGCCCUGCCCCGUCACCAGGGGGCAGUUCCCAUUUUGCGUGAAGGAAGUCAAUUGCCAGGUUACAAAGGCUACAUUCCCCAGCUGAAGUACAGAUUUGGUGAUACAUAUGGAAAGACAACUCAUAAAAUUGCAAAGGAGAUUGAAGAGUCACAAUGGAACUCUUGUACUGAGAGGUCACGUAUGGACUUGACACCUUUUCAGGCUUCUAACCCAGGUGAGAUGGCACAACUGAAAGAGGACACUCAAGACGUUGUCAAAUCUCAACUCAUAACUGGAUACACAGGGUAUAUACCAAAAUUAUCAUUUAUAUACGGAGAUACUUAUCCAAAAGGAUCUGGGAUUUCCAUGAAUAUUUUCAAAACUGAACAAAAAGAAUACAGACUCAAGCAGUCUCUUUUGGAGAAACAAACCAGUCUUCAAUCUCCGUUGACACCAAUUACUUCAGAAGAAUUGAUAGAAAACAAACUUCGUGAAUUCAUUGGUAAUCGCUCAAAGAAAACUUUUGCAACUUCGCGCCGUUCUUUGACAGAGGCCCACAUUCCUGGUUACACAGGUUACAUUCCCAAAAUCAAAGCCACUGACACAGGACUCGGCUGUCGCUACCAUUCGUCCAAUUCCAUUGCAUUAAAACAGUUCUGGAGCAGUCGAUUACCAAAGGAGCAGAAUCUAGAAAUAUCAAACAAAAGUGACACAAGGAUAUACAGAAUUGAGGGCAUGAUUCCUCACUACACGGGGUAUCUACCACAAAGCCGAUACCAAUAUGGGAAUACUUAUGGUGACACCUGCCGUUCUUUGGAAGUGUGUUCUCGCCAGAAGAUAUGUUUUGAUCACCAUGAACAACAAAUACGACCUUUCUCAGUCAUUUUUUAAUAAAUACAGAAAAUCAUAAUAAAAAAAUAAUAAAUACAAAACUAUACAAAUUAAUAAUAAUAAUCCUUUCUACUAUAGGCACAAGGCCUGAAAUUUGGGGGGAGGGAACCAAUCGAUUAAAUCGACCCCAGUAUGCAAUUGGUACUUAAUUUAUCAACCCUGAAAGGCAAAGUCAGCCUCAGCAGGAUUCGAACUCAGAAUGUGAAAUGUUGGAAGAAAUGCUGUUAAGCAGUUUGUCUGACAUGCUUAAUGAUUCUGUGAGCUGACCACCUUCAUAUUAAGUACUAGACUUAAAUUAAGUAAAAUGGCUGAUUUGAGCAACCAAACCCUUCAAGGUGGUGCCCCAGCAUGGCAGCAGUCAUUGAAUAAAAUACUACAGAAGAAACUCACAAUAGGGAUAAAUUUAGAGAAAAACCCACAAAAAUAGACAAACCCAUAUAGAUAGGACAAACCUACAAAAUUAGGACAAACUUACAUAACUAGGACAAACCCAUAGAAAUAGUGGUAAACUCAGAAAAACAGGACAAACCCACAGAGAUAGAGGCAAACUCAGAAGAAUACAAACUCAUAGAUAUAAAACAAACUGUUAGAAAGAGGGACAGAUAUUUAGAAAUAGGACAAGCUCACGUAAUUGAAUUAGGGUAAAAAGCUGAUGAGGACUUCGCCAAAGAGGAAGAUGUCUGUUUCCAGCCCUUUCAAUUCUGUCCACCAUAUAACUGCUUUUGCUAAGAGCACCAGACAGAUAAACACUGCUUACCCAUCCCAGCCAAAUUAAGGAUAAAAUGACAUGCACCCUAUGGAAUAUGUUUGAAAUAAGAGAACUCUUCACAAAAGAUUGUGGAUGGUUGAAAUUGUUUUAUUUUUGCCCCCUCCCCAUGUCCCCUUUAAUACAUGUAUUUACAAAAAUAGAGUCAUCUUUAAAUAAAAAUAAUAAUAAUAAUAAUGGUG